CGUCCCCUUAAAAUCCUAGCCCUUACCUCAUUUCCAAAGAAUUUUUUUCUUUGGUUUGGUUUUCUCUCUUUCUCUUUUUCUAUAAUCAGGAAGUUCAUCUAAUUAAAUCAAUUCUUCUCCGCCUCUCAUCUACUAAUCUUGAUCAGCUUAUAUAUUGCAGAAUUGAUUGAUAUUGCUCUAAUAAUUUCUAGUUUAUGAGAGCCAAUUACAAGAAGGAAAAGUUAGGACGGUAUGAAUUUGUAGAGGAGAAAAAGUUUGGUAGAAUAUAGAGAUGGAGUAGUUGAAGACUCGAAGUUUCUGAGAGAUUUGGACUUUGAUCUCUAUCGCCAUCACCAUCACCAUCGUCUCAAAUUCCUUAAAGUAUUUCUAUUUAUAAAGAGGGUAUUCUGUUUUCAAGAAUCAUGGCACAGGAGAGCUGGAAGAAGGAAACGGAGGAAACUGAAUGCCAAGCACCAGAAGGAAGAACCUUCUGUGCAAACAAUUGCGGCUUCUUUGGAAGUUCAACUACCAAUAACUUCUGCUCCAAAUGCUACAGAGAUCUUAUCAUGAGCCAACAACAGCAACAAGUGAAAGCAUCUCCUCUCAUCCCCUUGCCUCAAAAGAUGCCUGCUUCAGCCAAUUCGUUGCUGAUUUCUGAACCUAUCUUUGAGAGGAUUGAUAAGGUGGAAGAAAAACCUGAUUUGAAGAUUGAGCAAGGCCCAUCAUCUGCAGAGGUUGUCAAACAACAACCUAACCGUUGCAUGUCUUGUAAGAAACGCGUUGGUUUGACAGGUUUCAAGUGUCGAUGUGGGGGUAUGUUUUGUUCUGUUCAUCGAUACUCGGAGAAGCAUGAGUGCUCAUUCGAUUACAGAAGUGCUGGCCGUGAAGCCAUAGCCAAAGCAAAUCCACUCGUCAAGGCUGAGAAAAUCCAAAAGAUCUGAUGCUUUUUUUUAUAUGAAGAAUGAUGAUUCUUCCGAAAGGAAUGGGUAAUAUUUGCUUUCUUUUCUUUGCUCUCUAUUUGAAUUUUGGGAUGCCAGAUUUCUUCUGAAUCCAAACAAGGGCACAGAUCAGAAACUGGAAAAGAAAACAAAAAAAGAAGACUAGGAGAAAAGAAGGAAAGCAAAAGAGACAAGAAAUGCUUGAAGUACUAUAAGUACUUCAUUUCUAUGCUGUGAGUUUGUAUUGUAGUUUCUUAUCUGUAGGUUGUGGAAUGUAAUCUUCUGUAUAAUGUAAAUAAUUAAACCCACAGUUUCUAGUGAGCUCUUCUUAUGCUAUAAAAUGAUUUGUGCUUUGCUUUCGAAA